AUGUCCUCCUCCCAGCUCCCCGACUGGAAGCAAUCCCUCAUCGAAACGACUCUUAGCUCUGGCAUCCUCACCUUCGGCUCCUUCAAGCUCAAAUCGAACCGCAUAUCGCCCUACUUCUUCAACGCCGGCCUCUUCUGCGAGGGACACCUAACCCGCUCCCUUUCUCAAGCCUACGCCCACGCUCUUGACAACUACUCCCGUGAACACCCCGAUUUCUCAUUCGACGUCAUCUUUGGACCUGCGUAUAAGGGGAUUCAACUAUGUGCCACUACCGCGUACGCAUUGGCCGAUAUCGAUGAGAAGUAUGGACGCGUUGGUCACACAUACAACCGCAAAGAAGUUAAGGACCAUGGAGAGGGCGGGUUAAUGGUGGGCAAGAGUCUGAAGGGCAAGAAAGUUGUCAUAAUCGACGACGUGAUCACAGCAGGCACCGCCAUUCGCGAAGCCAUCUCGAUGAUUGAUGCGCAGGGUGGGACUCUGGCGGGUAUCAUUGUCGCGAUCGACAGGCAAGAGAAGAUGCCAAGUCAAGCGGAGAAGGACGGACAGCCUGAUGACGGGACACCGAGUGGAAGUGCGAUUGGGGAGGUUAGGAGAGAGACGGGCGUGCCAGUGUUGGCGGUACUGACGUUGGAGGAUAUGAUCAAUGGGCUGAACCAGCUUGGGAAGCAGGACGAGGUGGCACGGAUGCAGGAGUAUAGGCAGCAGUAUGCAGCGAGCGAUUGA